AAGAUGUAUUUUGUUCUCAGAAAAUGCUGUCUAGAUUAAAUGUUGGGGGAUGAAUGAUUAAGAAAGCGACAUUUGGCAUCCAUCUCACUCCAGCAUGUCCCUCUGUGCAUCGUCUCACAAGGAAUGUUCUCAUUUGCCACCAAUUCAAGAUCUCGGAUGUAGUAAAAGAGAAGCCAAAAGCGCCGUCUCUGAGCACAGCUCUCCCAUCCCUUUCAGCUGCAGCCAGGCUGCUCUGACGGUCGAGCACAGCCCCAUCUACAUUCCAUCCUGUUACAUGGAGAACAGACCCGACUACUCGGCCAUGGCUUUCUACAGCCCUUCGAUGAUGAAUUAUAACAUUCCAGGCAAUUUCAGCGAUUCAGAAAAUGCCACUUUAAGACAGGCAGCGAGUCCAAAUAUGUUGUGGACCAGUCCUGGUCACAUAUCUCCUCUGACAGUACACUGCCAAUCAUCGGUUUUAUAUGCAGAGCAACCGAAAAGCCCUUGGUGUGAAGCCCGACCUGUGGAUCACGUCUUGCCUAUGCACAGAGACACCCUGAAAAGAAAAAACAGCAGCAGUGACUGUACCAGUCCCACCACAAACAGUCCUGGUUCAAAAAGAGAUGCACAUUUCUGUGCUGUAUGUAGUGAUUAUGCGUCUGGAUAUCACUAUGGGGUUUGGUCAUGUGAAGGCUGUAAAGCCUUCUUCAAAAGAAGCAUCCAAGGGCACAAUGAUUACAUUUGUCCGGCGACAAACCAAUGUACAAUAGAUAAAAACAGGCGCAAAAGUUGCCAGGCCUGCCGACUCCGGAAAUGUUAUGAAGUAGGGAUGAUGAAAUGUGGUUCAAGAAGAGAGCGUUGUGGGUAUCGUAUCGUUCGCCGUCAUCGCAAUCCAGAAGAUUUGGUGCAUUGUGUAGGCAAAGGGAAAAAGAAUAAUGACAGUACGAUCCAAGUAAAAGAAGCCUUGGGCAAUGCGCUAAACCCAGAACAGUUUGUCUCCAUAUUACUUGAAGCUGAACCACCAAAUGUGUUGGUGAGUCGCCCCAACAGGCCAUUUACAGAAGCUUCCAUGAUGAUGUCCUUGACGAAACUUGCAGACAAAGAAUUGGUCCAUAUGAUUGGUUGGGCGAAAAAGAUCCCUGGCUUCAUAGAGCUGAGUCUAUAUGAUCAAGUAAGGCUUUUGGAAAGCUGUUGGUUGGAAGUAUUAAUGGUGGGUCUAAUGUGGAGAUCCAUUGAUCACCCAGGGAAGCUCAUAUUUGCACCAGAUCUUGUGCUUGACAGGGAUGAGGGAAAAUGUGUAGAAGGAAUUUUGGAAAUAUUUGACAUGCUCUUGGCAACAACUUCAAGGCUUCGAGAGCUGAAAUUGCAGCACAAAGAAUAUCUCUGUGUCAAGGCGAUGAUUCUUCUCAAUUCCAGCAUGUAUCCACUAUCAUCUUCUACAGAAGAACCUGAGAGUAACAAAAAACUGGGCCAUCUGCUAAACUCAGUGACAGAUGCCUUGGUGUGGGUCAUUGGAAAGAGUGGGGUCCCUUUACCCCAACAAACAACUCGCUUGGCAAAUUUGUUGAUGCUACUUUCUCAUGUUCGGCAUGCCAGUAACAAAGGGAUGGAGCAUCUUCUUAGUAUGAAGUGCAAGAAUGUAGUGCCAGUCUACGAUUUGUUGCUGGAGAUGCUCAAUGCUCACACUGUCCGCAGUAACAAGAAAACACCCGUCUCCAAUCUUGAGAAUAGCCCAUUGGAACCAACAGAGACAACAGAUGGAAUUCAGCAGUGAUU